GCUAGCCACAACUUUGAAAAAUGUAGCUUUAUUAAUGUAUGGGCAUUUCUGUUGUCAACAGGUCAGCCAUGAAUGCAGAGAUAGUUUCCUCACUUCUAACUCAAGAGGUGCCAGCAGGCACUACUGAGACCCCGCAUGCUGCAGCAGUUCCGGUGGAUCACCUGGACUAUGGCUACAUUGAGAAAUGCACUGACGUGAAAUACCCGGGGAAGAUUCUGAGGGUGCUGAGAUCUGGAGAUGAGGGUAUCUAUCCCCAUCUGAUAGAGUUCUGUGAGAGUCGUCUGAAGAGGUCGGACCCAAGAAGCCGUGCCCUCAGAAAGGACAUCCCCCCCCCCCCCAGCCACCGCUGUAUGACGUCGACAGGGAGUGAGAAAGUCCUCGUUGCCAACCGUGAGAAGGUUAAAGGCAACGAGGCUUUCAAGGCCAACGACUAUGAAGAAGCAGUGGCGUAUUAUUCAAGGAGUCUGUCAGUGGUACCAACCGUAGCAGGUUACAACAGCAGAACCCAGUCAGAGAUCAAACUGCAGCACUGGCACAAUGCCCUCAACGACUGUCAGAAGGCACUGGAGAUGGAGCCGGGCUAUAUGAAAGGUACUGUUCCACUGGAGAUGGAGCCGGGCUAUAUGAAAGGUACUGUUCCACUGGAGAUGGAGCCGGGCUAUAUGAAAGGUACUGUUCCACUGGAGAUGGAGCCAGGCUCUAUGAAAGGUACUGUUCCACUGGAGAUGGAGCCGGGCUAUAUGAAAGGUACUGUUCCACUGGAGAUGGAGCCGGGCUAUAUGAAAGGUACUGUUCCACUGGAGAUGGAGCCGGGCUAUAUGAAAGGUACUGUUCCACUGGAGAUGGAGCCAGGCUCUAUGAAAGGUACUGUUCCACUGGAGAUGGAGCCGGGCUAUAUGAAAGGUACUGUUCCACUGGAGAUGGAGCCGGGCUAUAUGAAAGGUACUGUUCCACUGGAGAUGGAGCCAGGCUCUAUGAAAGGUACUGUUCCACUGGAGAUGGAGCCAGGCUAUAUGAAAGGUACUGUUCCACUGGAGAUGGAGCCAGGCUCUAUGAAAGGUACUGUUCCACUGGAGAUGGAGCCAGGCUAUAUGAAAGGUACUGUUCCACUGGAGAUGGAGCCGGGCUAUAUGAAAGGUACUGUUCCACUGGAGAUGGAGCCAGGCUAUAUGAAAGGUACUGUUCCACUGGAGAUGGAGCCGUCUUACUCUAUUUCUACCUGCUGGUCCUUGGAGCUGCAGCCGUUCUCCCUCAAGCCCCUCCUACGCAGAGCCAUGGCUUGUGAGACUAUGGAGCGUUACCGACAGGCCUAUGUGGAUUACAAAACCGUGCUACAGAUAGAUAUCAGGGUGCAGGCUGCACACGACAGUGUCAACAGAAUCACGCGGUUGCUGAUAGAGCAGGAUGGAGAGCAGUGGAGAGAGAAACUACCUGAGAUCCCGCUGGUCCCACUAUCAGCUCAGCAGCACCGCAGGGAGGAACCGCCCAGCGCUGAGGUCCUACAGGCCAGAGCAGAGAAGGCCAAGCACCACGCAGCUAGAAAAGCUGAAGUUUGUUUCAAUUCACUGAAACAAGAAGGAAAUUAGUUUGUGAAGAAAGGCCAGUUCCAGGAGGGUGUAAGGACGUACAGUGAAUGCCUGAAGCUGAAGCCAGAGGAAUGUGCCAUCUACACCAACAGAGCACUGUGCUUCCUGAAGCUGGAUAUGUUUGCUGAAGCCAAGCAGGACUGUGACUCCGCCCUGAGGCUGGAGCCAGCCAAUAAGAAGGCCUUCUACAGGCGGGCCCUGGCCCAUAAAGGCCUGAAGGACUACCUGGCGUGCAGCUCUGACCUGCAGGAGGUGUUACAGCAGGAUCCCAAGGUAGCGGAGGCUGAGGAGGAGCUGGAGGAGGUGUUACAGCAGGAUCCCAAGGUAGCGGAGGCUGAGAAGGAGCUGGAGGAGGUGUUACAGCAGGAUCCCAACGUAGCGGAGGCUGAGGAGGAGCUGGAGGAGGUGUUACAGCAGGAUCCCAAGGUAGCGGAGGCUGAGGAGGAGCUGGAGGAGGUGUUACAGCAGGAUCCCAAGGUAGCGGAGGCUGAGGAGGAGCUGGAGGAGGUGUUACAGCAGGAUCCCAAGGUAGCGGAGGCUGAGGAGGAGCUGGAGGAGGUGUUGCAGCAGGAUCCCAAGGUAGCGGAGGCUGAGGAGGAGCUGGAGGAGGUGUUACAGCAGGAUCCCAACGUGGCGGAGGCUGAGGAGGAGCUGGAGGAGGUGUUACAGCAGGAUCCCAAGGUAGCGGAGGCUGAGGAGGAGCUGGAGGAGGUGUUACAGCAGGAUCCCAAGGUAGCGGAGGCUGAGGAGGAGCUGGAGGAGGUGUUACAGCAGGAUCCCAACGUGGCGGAGGCUGAGGAGGAGCUGGAGGAGGUGUUACAGCAGGAUCCCAAGGUAGCGGAGGCUGAGGAGGAGCUGGAGGAGGUGUUACAGCAGGAUCCCAAGGUAGCGGAGGCUGAGGAGGAGCUGGAGGAGGUGUUACAGCAGGAUCCCAACGUAGCGGAGGCUGAGGAGGAGCUGGAGGAGGUCACGCUGCUGCUCAGACAGAGUCUGGCCCAGGGAUCACCUAGCAACCCCAGGAGGACUGGACCUAUCACUGAGGUUGAGGGUACCGAGGAGGAAGACUGGCAGGCUGCAGAGCCAGACAGGACCAAAGCAGCAGAAACAGAGACAGAAGAACCAUCAACCCCAGCCCCACCAGAGAACCACUCAAUAACCAUCAACCUCCAGCCCUCUAACUCCUAUGAGUUCUACCAGUCCCUGAACGCAGCGCGGGCCCAGUCCAACCUCCCAGCCUGUGCUGAGCUGCAGAGCUGUGUUCCCCCUGAGACUCUGCCUGUCUACCUCAGUAACCAGCCAUGCAGGCCCUGGACACAGCUCCUACAGAAGGACCCCAACUUAGUCUACCAGCACCUCACCCGCCUACAUACUGCUGACAGGUUCUCGGUAGUUGUGACGCUGUUAGAGAAGAGUGAACGUGGUCAGAUGACUCGGCUGUUUGACCGUCUGUCUGCUGUGGACAGCGAUACCUUCAGUAAGAACGAUGUGCAGAACCUGGCCAACAAGUACAUCUGA